AUGGUCAGUCAUUCAACAACAACAACAGCCCGCAAUGAUCCGCUCCGCGCUUUCGCGGACAAGAGUCUCCCAGACCUUCCAGUCUCUUUCGUACCAAGUUCGCAAUCUCUUACCGACGAAGAUGAGGCUUGCCCAAGCCCAACAGUACGGGUAUUCCGGGGCCCGCGCAAAAGCCCUCGGUAUCCUCGCAAGUUACCACAGUUUCAACAAUCCAGAAAAUGGGCCAAGGUGCACGAUUCUCGAAUACCGAAGCCUGUUCCGAUCAUCACGGUGACUCAAUUGCCUACAGAGACUCCAGGAGGAUCAGACGGCAUAGACGACUCAGCAAAUCGAGCUCUUACCAUGCGCGAGGUCUCCUUUGAACAACAGCGCGCAACCAAGAAACCACUUGCCCGAGGAAGAAGCUCCCAUAGAUCCUCUCCAUCUAGGGUCACGAGUGAUGAUAGCAUCGACAGCCAAGAUGGAAGCGUGUGUCAUCCGACUUCUCAGCAGUGCUUGCCUACAGGCAAAGCAGGCAUGGCAGCUGUUGCCAGUACAGCUUCAAAGAAGUGGCGCAGAUCACGCUCUCGUGGACGUAAGGUAGCGCCAACGAAACAACGGGAGGUCAAAUUUCAGAGCGCGGCAGACAGAGCCGUAGGUUCAGCUUCAGCACGAGUCGCGAUGCCGGCUAGGUCGAGAGGUCGAGAGGUCACCUCAAAGCAUCUGCCACUGUUGCCCACCGAACACCAGGAUAAGGCGGCUUCACAAAAGGCACCGACAGCAAAUCAGCCACGAGUCCCAUCCCCGAUCCCGUCUCUUCACGAUCCUGAAAAGGACCUCAAAUUCUCAUCUGAGUGUCAAGAGCUCUUGCGCAGGAUGGACUUUGGCCAUGACUUCUUGUUGCCCAUGUUUACGGCAGUCGAGUCUAAAGCAUCAGCAUCGCAAGAUCUGCUUGCAGCUGCAAAUCACCGACCCGAUUCGCAACAAACCAUCUCAAUAAAGGACGCACUAACCAACUUACCACCGACAGAUAAGUUGGUGGAGCGCCAACGUCGACCCCAAGCGACUUCUAGCGUCUCCAGCAAGGCAGUAUCGAACCUCGCAAAUAUGUUCCAGCUGGCACGAGCGAAGUCCAAUCCGAACCCAUCAGCAGUCAAGGGUCAAUCCUCCUCAAGUCCAAACCAGCCUACAAGGACUAUGUCGACCACUCGCCGGCCAAUCAUGGAUCGGUCGUUCCUUCGAAUGCCUUCAGCUUCCUCUGCCGCUGCCCGUACAUUAAGGAGCCCGCAUUCAACUAUGAGUGUUGAUACUCUGGCAAAGAUUGAAGCUCAGGUUCACAACGGAGAGACUGCCAAUAUCAAGACAACAUCGGAGAAAGUUUCGUCCUUCAGCUCCGAAUCAGGCCGACGUGGGCCUCCCAGUAUACCUCCAGAACGACCUUUACCAGCGUUGCCUCCAGAUGCCUUCCCAGAUCAAAGUUCACGGCACAGUGCUGACAGUGGCCGAAAUGGUCUGGAUGCUCAGAAAAGGCAAGCAUCGGCAGCGCCUAUGAUCCUGUCCAGAUCGUCUAUUCGUGUAGUGUGCCAGGCCCCACCAGUUGACCUGGUAGUUGAUCCAUCCAAAGUUAGACCCAUGAGCCCAGGUCUCGAGCAAAGCACAGCUCAAGACAAGAGACGCGGCACUGGUGCAGCGGCAAUUCGUUUGGCAGAUCAAUCUUCAUUAAGCUCUCUUGCUUCGGAGUUAUCGGGACACUCUCGACGAUCGUCACAGUCUUACCGACGAAGCAUCUGCAGUGCCCGAGCCGACAAAGUGAAAGAAAAGCGCUUGAGAGAUAUUGCAACGUCCAAACCCUCCUUAUCUUCACCCAAUCGGCCAACCAGUAGCAACUCCACUGGACACCAAGAUGUGAACACCACCACCACCCCUCCUCCAACGUCCUGGGAUCGCCCCAUAACCUUCAAAGGACAAGUCCAGGUGGACCAACUUGAUCAAUUCCCCGCAGUACCUUCAUCACGGCGAGGUAGUAGCGUUGCCAGUGUGCAAAGUCCUACUCGAGUUCGCGGACCCAGUUUCAACAGUUUGACAAGCCCAUUUCGACAGUCUUUGCAGAAAAAUACUUCAACUCGUCAAGGACAAGUCCUGGGACAAAGCAAUAUCUUUGUCGUUGUGGAUUCUGAUCCAGUUACUGCACGCUUCCGCGCCGGGGCCAUGAGCCCGAGCCCCAGUAUCGGUAGCAGUAAUGCUAGCGGACGUCCUAUCAGCCCGGUAAGGAACAAGCAAUAUAAGGCUGGUCCUUCGAGUUUGAGAGAGGUAACGACCCAUCGAGGGCCUAAUGGUCCAAAGCCAAACACCGCUAGCGUCAGGGUCGCGAGAGUCGAAUCACCUACCCAUCUUGCCCCUCCUCACCGGAAGAGCAAACGUCAUUCAAGGCAGAACAGCGUUCAAACGAGCAGCUCCAGUGACGAGUCCACGACGCCGAGCAUCAACCGCAAUGUCCGGGCCAAGUCACCCCAAAACAGACCAUCACGGCGUCCAACGAAACGAAGAAGAUGGAACAGUUUCGACAUUAGCUUGGUCAAGACCCUCCACGAGAACCUCGAGGACUAUUACGGUACCAUCUUGAAGCAAGAGGAGAGAAUCAGAUGGCAAGCGGACCAGCUGCGAAUGAUGGUGAGAGUCAUCGCCCCCAUGAACCGUGCACGUGGCGUCAAGGGCUCGUACCUCGAGGACAUUCCCGACAAGUUCGAGCACGAAGACGAUGCCUUGGUCGUCAGCCAGCAAUACGCGCAAACCAUGGCAACGGGCCACAUUCCUCGACCUCCACGCCGUUCUCACGUGAGACAGUCAAGCUCGGGCGGCGGUUGGCCGCUGAGUAAAGUCAACACCAAAGAACGCGUCACGAAGCCGGGACAGGGUCAACACAGGCGGUACAACAGCACGCUUUCCGAGACCGGAGAGGAGUCUGACAUGUUGUUGUUGUUGCAAACGACAACAGGCAAGUCGACGUCGGCGAGCAAGGCUCAAAACGUCGCGGUAGAAGAUCCUUCCUUGACAGCACUGCCACCGGUGGACCGCGAGGCGAUGAAGACGACUCCUGCUGCUGCUGCUGCCGCCGCUUCGGAGUACGGCAACGACAAGGAAAACAAGGUUCCGGGAACUACCACUAGGAGACACGACAAGGACAGAGUGUCGGCCCGGACUUCCGCCGCUCCAAAUUCGGCGUUGGCAUCGUUACGCCAGCCUCCUCCCGUGCCGCCGAGCCCUCCCCUCCCUCGACAGCUGUCGGCCGACGAAGGGGCCGACAUCUUCAGCUCGCCGACGACGAGUGGUGGUGGUGGUGGUGGUCAGUUCGACGACGCGCUUUCCUCUCCGGGGUUCUUCGAACAGGAUGGACAGAACGACGCGAACGUUUUCAAAACCGGACACGGAGGCCGCAACAGUGCGGCGAGAUUGAGCGUGGACCACUUUCUCGCCAGCACGGAGCAGAUGGACAAGGCGCUGGGUCUGUCGGCGGCGGCGGCGUACAUUUGA